AUGGAGCUGGCAGAAACCAAGACAGGUUCGGCAUCCCAAAGCAACGCCCGUGAGGUCAUUCAUGAUGCUUCGAAUGGCAUGGAGCCGGCCCCCGAGCCUCAAAGAGAAGAUACAGAUAUAGUGCCAGGUUCCCAACCAUUCUCUGCCUUCAGCAAGAAGGAGAAAGUAUUCCUCGUGAUCAUGGUAUCGCUCGCGUCCUUUUUCUCCCCGCUGUCCGGCCAGAUCUACUACCCCGUCAUGCCCACCUUGGUUCAAAACUACCAUCUCACCCCGGAACUCAUCAAUCUCACGAUAACAACCUACAUGGUACUGCAAGGAUUGGCGCCAAGCUUCAUGGGUACAUUUGCUGAUACUGGAGGGAGACGUCCGGCCUAUAUUAUUGCAUUUGCGGUCUAUACUGCCGCGAACAUUGGCUUAGCGUUGCAGAACAGCUUUGCGGCACUGCUAGUACUUCGCUGUAUCCAGAGUGCAGGAAGCAGCGGUACCGUGGCCUUCGGGUAUGGUGUCAUAGCCGACAUUGCGACGCCAGCGGAGCGAGGUAAAUACAUCGGCCCUAUGGCAGGGGGUGUUAUGGUUGCGCCUGCCUUGGGUCCUGUCGUCGGCGGCUUGUUGGCCAAGUUUCUCGGUUGGCGAAGCGUCUUCUGGUUCCUGGUUGUUGUCAGCGGUGGAUAUCUGGUCUUCUUUGUGAUUACUAUGCCUGAAACUGCGCGCAAGAUCGUUGGCGAUGGCACCUUGGCACCUGCUCAGUGGUGGCGUAGAUCUGUGGUUCAAUGGUGGACGACUCGACGACAGACAAGGCCUAGCGAUGAGGAGCACGUUGGGGAAGGGACUUCUCAACACCAGUCCUGGUCAACGAGACUCAGCUUCCCGAACCCUCUCAAGUCUUUUGCUAUCUUGCUAGAAUGGGACGCAUUGAUCAUCAUCUCGUAUGUUAGCUUGGUGAUGUUCUCAAAUAUUGCAUUGUUGACCAGCACUCCUAACCUUUUCGGUGGUCUAUAUGGAUUCAAUGAGCUUCAAAUCGGUCUCUGCUUCUUGCCUUUCGGAAUCAGCUCUUGCCUCGGUGCAAUCACAUACGGCAAAGUGAUCGACUACAACUAUAAGCGCAUAGCCCAAAGACUUGGUCUGCCCGCGGACCGCAGGAAAGGCGACGACCUACGCACAUUCCCAAUCGAGCAUGCUCGCCUACAGACAGUCUUCCCGGUGAUGGCCGUCGGGAUCGCAGCCUUCAUUCCAUAUGGCUGGGUUUUACAGCAAAGAGUCAAUUUAGCCGCGCCUCUAGUUCUGCAAUUCAUCAUGGGUUUCUGCUUUGUUGCGUCGUUGAAUUGUCUCAACACCCUUCUGGUCGAUCUCUUCCCUGAAAAGCCCGCCACAGCGGCGGCGGCAUGCAAUCUUGUCCGAUGCUGGCUCGGAGCCAUCGGUGCGGCUGUCAUUAAUCAGAUGCUAAGUGGCAUGGGGUGGGGAUGGUGCUUUGUUUUCUUGGGGCUGACCAUGGCUGCUGCGAUGGGACUGCUAUGGGUUGAGCAAAUCUAUGGCAUGGGAUGGAGAGAGAACAGGUUCUUGAAGGCUGAGCGCAAGAAGGCAAGAGACGCGACGAAUGUCAAGGCUGAUGACUCGGGGCGCAAAGAUGAUACCGGUGAAGUGGCUGCUAAUGCCAAAGACUUGGGGUCUUCGUGA